AUGGAAGAAAACAAUUUACUAUCUUUACCGACCCAGUCAUUCGAUGAAUUAUCUUCUAACCAACCCGAUAAUCUAAGCAGUGAAAAUGAAACAUCUGAAAGAUUAAGUCGUAAUAAUGGGUCAAAAAAACGAAUCUGGGUAUGGAAAUAUUUUGAAUCAGAAAAAGUAGUUGAAGAAAAAUCUAAUCAA